AUGCACCAUGGGGUAAGCCGGUUUUACGCUUCCACUGUAUGGUCAGAGGAAUCUGAUCGCUACCACAUCACCACAGGCGAAGGAGCUAUCGGUACGGCCGUCUACAAGGGCGUGCCUUUGAAGAAAGUUCUCAAGGUAGCUUGCGGUGGAGUCCUUCCUGAGUGCGGACAUUUGGAGUUCAUCGGAGCGGAUACCUACUUCAAGAAACUCAACGUGUUCAACUACGCUGUAUCUGUUCCUUAUCGCAAAGUGCGACAGCACGGAGGUGAAGAAGUUUUACUCGCGUAUGAAAUGAAUGGCAAGCCCCUUCCUAAAAUGCACGGGUAUCCACUACGAAUGGUCGUUACUGGCUAUAUCGGGGCUAGAAGUUGCAAAUGGGUUUAUCGUAUCAAUGCGUUAUCAGAACCGAGUAUGGGUCCGGUUCAAAGGCAAGAGUACCUGUACUUUACUUCUCAGGUGGGAAAACAGAAUGCGAAGUAUUCCAAUGGGUUUUCGAUCCAACAAAUGCCUGUCUCGAGCGCUAUAUUGUCUCCUGAGGACAAACAAGUUAUCGUGCAUAGUGGUACUAUCACCUUGAAAGGUUGGGCGUAUAGUGGAGGCGGAAACUGGGUUGAACGUGUCGAAAUAUCGCCUGAUGGCGGUCAUGUCUGGUACGCCGUCGAUCCUGAUAACCUGACGGAAAAGCACUACCAUGCCUGGCGUCUAUGGUCAAUCGAUCUUCCUGUCGAUGCCGAAGGCUGGUUAGAGUUCUGUGUCCGUUGCUGGGACUCGUCGAAUAAUACCGAGCCUACCUUCGUCCGCUCUGCUUGGAACUGGGAUCUUCAUGUUACUUCUUCCUGCCACCGAAUCAAAAUCUACUCGGUCAAUAAAUCUCGUCCGGAAACUGCUAAGCGUCUUGCGCAGUUUGAAGAACGUGGCUUGGAUAUUCAACCUAUAACUCUGCCAUGCGAGUUUACCUUGGAACCAGUGGAUGAGUAUCUGGCUGCAUAUCGUAAGCGGCCUAGAGAACCAAAGAAUUGA